AUGGGGUUGAACAUCGAAGCAAACGGCAUGCUGACUGGACCUGUGCAGAGCGUCAUAGACAAGCGCGAUUUGCUUCGAUUGUGGAAUCAAGCCGGCAAGCUCCAAUGCGGCAGCGGUUUGGACGGCACGCCGCGAGCGCGGGCAGGGUCAGGGUCAGAGUCGACGGCUUCGCCACGUCGGGCAGAGGAUGACACGCCAUCCGAGCUGACAUGGAACCCGCUCGACCUACAUCCGGAUUUCCUUUUCUCGCAAGGGCUUGAAGAAGACAGUGAGCUGAGCGAGCUGGCAUGGGACCCGAUCGGGAUGGCUUCGGCAGACAAGUCGCGACUACGAGCGAGCGUUGACCACGAGGAGGGCAUUCCAGAGUCAUGCGAUGGCAACGACCUCCUUCUCUCGAAGCCGCCGGGGCUGGAAGAUCCAGCUCAAGGCCAUGAUCUACCAGCAGAUUUCUGGAGCCGUGCGACCACGGCAGGCACAGCCGAUGCAGCUGCCGAUUACGAAGGCAGCUCCGGUGAUGCACUGGCGGCAGAAAUGGCCGCCAUGCUGGAACUGAUCCAGACAGGGCAAUGUGUCGCGCCGUGGGUCGAAUCCAGCAAGCCAAGGAGCAUGGCUGGUGCACCUGACUUGCCAUGGUUGGGUGAUGGCAGAUUGCCGGAAGUGCGAGGCUUGCCCCACUGGCCUCUUCCAGGGCCCCCGCUCUUCAAUGGCCUGCCCAAGAUGCACAACUUUUGUCCAUGGUGCGGAUCGGCUCGGGUUUGCUCCCACCGCUUCUGCCCACAGUGUGGGGUCCUCUACCCGGAUUUGCAGAAUGCCCUCAGCAGAACUGCCAUGGACAGCCUGAUCAGUUGGCAAUACUGA